AUGCAAAGUGCAUCAGAUAUAAUAUCCUCCCUGUUGUGGUUUAAAGACGAUGAGUAUCAAGACGACGAAAGUAACAAUCAAAUUAUAGAACAAUUUGUGCAAAAUGUUGAGGAUUUUAGUUCGCAAUAUGGAAGUGAAAUUAGUGUUUCAUAUACUGCUUUUAAUCUUAGAGGACCACCUUCGAAUUUUCCAGAUUAUGGCGAUUAUCCUCAAGCCUUCGUUAUGAGAACAUAUGGAAAAUGGUGGGAUGAAGCCCCAUCUGUUCAGGAGGACUAUAUGCCACAAAACAGCAGAUCCAUACCUAGUCAAGAUUAUGUGGAAGUCUCGUUCGAACGGGCCGUUUACCCGCUCGAGGUGGCCAUUUUCGAGACCUACAACCCUGGCGCUCUGGUUCGCAUCUGGGCUCUGGGGUCAGCCGCGUGGAUGCUGCUGUGGGAGGGAGAGCCAGAGUACGCGGGCGAUAAGCCGCGAAUCUUCAGCCCGCCUAUAAAGCAAAUAAACUUCCCGACCAGGAUUUUGCGGUUGGAAUUCAACCAUCGCCUGUUGCCCUAUUACACGGAGUUGGACGCAGUUCUGCUCAGAGGGAGGGAGCCAGCUAGUAUGGUCAAGAUGAAGAACAACUUUUCCUAUUCCACUUUGUUCUACAAGAAAAGCCAGCCGCCCGUGCCUAAAGGCCUUCUAGACAAAGUCAUUGCUUCCAACCUUCAUGAGAAAGUCGUUCUGCCAAUGCUCGUUUCGCAAAUGGAGCAAUACAUUGACACGGGACCACCCCUUGGCGACUUUCAGAGGUUGCCGGACGAGACGAUUCUGACGAUAAUGAAAUAUCUGGACAUCCAAUCCCUGAGCCGAUGCGCCCAGGUCAACCGGCACUUCAACAGGCUCGCUUUGGACGCUAUACUGUACAGGUGCAUCGACCUCAGACCGUAUUGGCACUGCGUCCGCUCUCAGGUGCUUAUGAUUUUGGCGUCGCGAUGCAAGUUUCUACAGAAGCUCGACCUCUCCUGGUGCGGGAGUCAUCGCAUGAUACAGCCGCAUUACGUCAUCAAAUUCCUGAAAGAAAACUGCACGGAACUGACGCAUUUGAGAAUGAACUGUUGCGAAUUCGUCGACAAUUCCGUGCUGAGGUCGGUGGUCGAGAGCUGCACAUAUUUACAAGAGUUGUGUCUACGCUCGGUGAUCGGCUGCUCGGAUUGGGUCUGCCUAUCAGGGCUGAGGCGGCUCCGUCGGCUGGACCUGUACCGGACCGACAUCGGCACUGCGGCCGCCGUCGCCGUGGUGCGCGCCAACCCUAACUUACGCCAUGUCAAUGUCGGCUCAUGUAAGAUGAUAUCGGCGAUGGACGAACUGGCGAUAGCCUUGGGGGCUAACUGCCCGGAACUGAUAUCCGUGGACUUCUGGAAAUCGUACUCCCUGACCGCUGUCGGCAUCAGGGCGCUUGGCAACUGCAAAAUGCUGCAGGAGUUGGACGUGGGAUGGUGCUUGCAGGCGGGCAGCUCGGGCGAGUGGCUGAACGUCCUGUUGGGGCGUGCAGUUACGCAAGCUGUAGCUCAGCAGUCCUUAGGACGUAUAUCGAAGCGCGGCGCCAGCUUGCAGGCGGGCAGCUCGGGCGAGUGGCUGGGCGCGCUGGGGGGCGGGCAGCUGCGCAAGCUGUUCCUCGGCGCGCUGAGGGGCGUCUGCGACCGCGACCUGCGCGCCCUCCUGCCGCGCGCGCCGCGCCUCGCCCAGCUGGACCUGCUCGGCGUGCGCGCCGUCACGCCCGACGUCUGCGGCGACAUACUGGCAAGAUGCCACGAGUUGAAGCUGCUAGAUGUCAGCUUCUGCGAUCAGAUAUUGGAAUCUCAGGUGAACGAAUGGCGGUUACAAUAUCCCCACGUCAGCAUUAAGAGAUCUUUCCAGUCGGCCAAUUUGAGCGCGGCGCCCAGCCCUCUCUUUUUGCAGCCAAGCCUUGAA